CUGUUUGUCGGUGGCUACGAGCUCUCUGGGAAGAAGAAGAAGAAGAAGAAGAAGCAAAAGGCGGUUGACAAACAAACUCUCCCUAGGCGAGGACUCCCUUUGCGCUGGCCUCUUACUUCCGUAUUAUCGUUCCAUCCAGACACUGGCGCUGCUUGA